GUGAGACCACAUUACCUUGAUUGCCCAAACAUGGUGCCAAACUCAGAUCCCAAAUCUCACUUACCUUCCAUACAACUAUAUACUAUCUUCAAGUUAACUUUUUGUUAACAUAUCCAAAUCCUUAAAAUAAAACUCGUUUAUUUCAAACUAGAAGAUGAGCAAGCAGCAUUAUUGUUCAUUUUCUACUUCUUAUCUUUUUCAUGUUGUUGUUCUGUUUCUGCUUCUAGCUCCAAUAGUGACUGAAUCGGCUGGUCGCUUGGGCUUUGUCUACUCUAGAAACAGAGGAAGAUGCACUCCACAGUAUUGGAGCAGUAGGAGAGAGGCAUGGCCGAGGAUGAUACCAGAGGGAUCAUCAAUAUCAAAAGUGUUCGGGUCUAGAGCUUAUGAACGAUAUCGUUACGACCUGACCUUGUUGGAAGCAACGUCAAGGAACGACGACAAAGAAAACGUGUUUGCUCGGUUAGUUAAGGAAUCCACAGCUGCCCUCAUCAAUUCCUAUACCAGGAAAGGGUAUCCCUACAGUGCUUGGGAGGUGAAGACUGCGGUUAUUCAAGGUCUGGUUUCUAACGAGUCUGCUGCGUUCCAAGCCAAACGAUUUUAUGAGGCAAACCGGGCUUGUGAUUAAGUUUAAAGGGUUUAUCUAACUUGUGUCUUUUUAAAAUUAAAUUUUUUUGAAGUUCUAAUCAAGUUAUAUUUUGGUCUUGUGAGAUCUAUAGUUAGUGCAAUUGUGGUCUCAUCUACUACUAAAUCAAAUGAUUGUGUGUUUAUCAUUGUAUUUCGAGCAA